CCGGCCCUCCAAGACUGAGGCGGCCGCAACCUAGCAGGCAUACUGGAAACACUUCAAUCAUGCCAUGUCCACACCGGACGGCUGGGUGCCAUCUUUCCUCCUCCUCCUCCUCCACUGCGCGCAAGACCUGUUGACGGCUCCCUACCAGCGUCGCCUACUUUGUUUCUGUUUACUUCUCUUCACAAUCCCGCCGAGUCGUCCCUGGAGGAUGCUCGACGUUUUAUUGUACUAAUUGGCUUUUCUUUCUAUUCGUCGCUCGCUUACCACCAUUCUAUUCUUCACGCCGCUUCACGAACAAACGGUCGUCGCUUUCUACUUUGACUGUCCCUACUUGGACUCAAGCGGCUGGUGUCUCACGCGGGCUCCGCAACCCUCGGCGGCGGUCAGCAGGACAAGGAAGGGCAGGCCUGAUGAUUCUGGAUUAUGUUGGCAACAGCGGUAUCGCGGUUGAGCGGAGAGGUCUUGCCAGUUCAGCACCGUACAUUGUUAAGCACUCGAUCAAUACCACGGCCGUAACAGGGCUCAAGAUGGCCGGGAGCGUCCGCGCAGACGCCGGUUCUGCCACAACAGCACUUCCAGCGGCGGCAGCACCGGCACUGAGCGACGAACUGAGUGCCUGCACCUCCAUGUCGAUGACGACCGCACUCAUUAUAUUACUGGCAUCCAUCGUUGGGACAGCACUCAUCUCAUCGACGGCCACAUGGGUGUUCUUCCGGCGCCGCUACGCCAGGUAUCUGCCGGGAAAGAAGCAGAAGAGAGAAAAGGAGGGAGAACCACCGACUACUCCCGGCUCGCCCCAUUGGGAGACCUGGGCUCGCGGCACACCAAAGGAACCCAACGUACCCGACGGGCAGCCCUCAGCGCCUGCUCAACUAGAACUGGCUGUCCAGAUCACAGCGGCUCCGCAGUCAGGAAGCGAGACGGAUGUCUCGCAAUCCUCCCGCCCAGAGUCGGGUGCGCUUCCGCUGCGCAGGCGACCCGAGUAUGCCAGUGGGCUGUCGAGCACUUUCAUGUUCCCUCGGCGCGAGACCGGGGUCACAGUGACAAUCAUGAGCGACGCCAUUACAAAGAAGAAGAGCGAGCGGAGGAGAAAACUCCAGCGCCGGGAAUCACCUGAGAUGACGACAACGACCGCCACGAUGACCAAGACGAAGACGACGACAGAUCCUGCUCCAGAGGAGGCUUCAGAGGCUCCAGAGGCUCCGGCAACUGCUCCGCAGACUCCGGGCAUGCCGUCACCCGCCGCCACAGAGAACGCCCUAGAUAUUGGUUCCACGGAAAGAUUGGUUCUCAUGCCCGACGAACCGCAGCAGCCCGCCCGCACACGACCGUCACAAUCCCGACGAGCACAGAGAGGGAGGGACCGUGCCGCCUCGGGCUCUGCCAGCUCCAGUCAACCUCCUCCUCAGGCGAAAUCGGCCAUCGAGGCCCUGCGGGAGCGCCUGCAAGCUUCCCACGCCGCGGCCGCUGCUGCCGCUGCUGCGACCACAAGCUCCGAGAGCCGUACGGAACCGCCAGUUUCGAUCAGUCGGGCGCCCAGCAUUCCAAAGCGGUCAUCCAUGCGUGCGAGCACCGUCCCGCCGCCAGCAAAGGAAGCAACUGCUAGGACAGCGUCACCUGACGACGAACCCUCCGGGUUCCCUGAGAAUAGCAUCCACAUUCGCAGCCGGCAACAGCCCUUUGCGUCCCUCAUCCAGCCACAGCCACAGCCUCGACAGCCGCCGCCAGUCUUACAACGGCCCCAGCAGCGGGAACAGUCGCAAGAUCCAGAAAGGCCAGUGACUCGCGACAAUGACGAAGAUGAGCCCCAACGUCGGCCAUCCACCUCUGACACCAUGCGCAGCCUGGAGCGGACGGGCUCCAAGCGGACGCCGCGACGUGCUCGCAAGGGCACGCUGGUCAUGUUCCCCAAGAUCCAAGACGGACCGCCCGCGUCUAUCGCGGCGGGACUCUCCAUCUCUCUUCCGAGCGGUGGGGUGGGAAAGACGGAUCCCACAGCGCCGCAGUCCCUUGAACCAUCCGAGCAGCAGCAGGAGCAGGAGCAACAGCAGCAACAACAACAACAACAAGAAGGACAAGAACAAGAACAAGAAGGCCUUGACCAGCGUGGCAGGCAAGACGACGGCCGCGAGGACGCCGUACUGCCUCCACGCAGGUCUUACGGCCCCAACUGGCCGUUCAAGCCAGCGUAGCAUAGCAUGGGUAGAUAGCACAGCGUAAUUUCGUGUAAUCUCUAAAUAAUGAUGAUGACGAAGUUUUUUCUCUUUAUACCACAAUAAACAAGAUCACAGCCGCGU